GCCUGCAGGGAGGGAAGCCUCCUUUCCCCUGAUGGCUGGGAGAGUUUCCUGCGGGUCCAAGCCACGUUUUCACGUGCUCAGAUGAGCACCGAAGCGUUGCUCGAGAAGGCAGCAUCCUUUGAGAGCUCCUGUGUGGUGGGCAGGGCCAGGCUGGAGCUGCUCUGUGUGCAGUGGGCUGUGAGCACACGCAUCCUGCUGGGUGCUGUGGAUCAGUUCGUAGGCAGGGAUGUGCUGCUCCUGGGGGAGCUGAGGAGCGCCGUGAGGAACAAGCUCUGCCCUCAGAGCCUCCUGGCUGCGGUGUCCGAGCGCUCCCUGAGGCUGCAGGAGGCCGCCCUGCUCUCCUCAUCCUGCCCUGACUCCCAUGGGCACAGUGAGAUCCGAGUGCUCAGGGAGGAGAUCCAGGUGCUGAUGGAAGCACUGCUGGAGGCCUCCAGCACCCUCCUGCUCUCCCCACUGCCUAAUGCCAGCCUGGGCGUUCGCUGUGAGCUCCUGCACAGGGAUCUGGCCCUCAGGGCCAAGGCGCUGCUGCUCCACCUGGAGAAGGUCAACGCCGACCACUUGCAGGUGAUCAGGGACGUUGUUGGACCUGCCCUGAUGCCCCUGUCCCAGGAGGAGAGGGCAAGGAGCAAAGAGGCCUUUGAAGAGAAGGCAAACAGGCUCAUGGCAAACAUCCAGUGGGUCAGAAGCACCCUCCACCACGUCCUGGGGGCCAACGUUCAACUGGAGUUGGAGGCAAACCUGCUCUCCAUCGCAGAGCACCUCCUGGUCCUCACGUCCAACGCAGUGGGCAGCGCCAGGCAGCUCUUCCAGAGCCACCGGGAUGAGGAGCAUCUCCACCUGGAGAGCACUGUCUGGUGCUGGUCUGCAAAGGCACACUACCUCGUCAGGCAGCUUCAGGCUGUCCAGGGCAUCGGUGGGGAUGUUCUGGAGCUCAUCAGACACCGCCUGCAGAACACAGGAGACCAGAGCUUCCCAAGGCAACUCAGAAGCACAGCCAAGCUCUUCCCGGCCCUGGAUGCUCAGAGCCACGCCAGGUCAGCAGAGACUUGCCCAAGCAGGAGUGGAGGAGCAAGUGGAGCUGCCAGGGAGGCACCUGCAAUGCACCACAAGGGUCCUGCCAGCACCUCCCCUGCCAGCAGCCCUUUGAAGCACGAGAGACAAAGCAGUGACAUGGGGCAGGGUGGCCCCAGCAAGAUGUCCCAGGUCACCAAGGACACGGCAGCAAGAAUGCUCCACAUGACUCAGUUCCUCAGGAGGAAGGGCCCCAUCACAAGCAAGGACCAGCUCGUUGCCUGCGCGAGGCAGAUGGCUCUGGAUGGGCAGGAGUUUGUCACCUUUGGCCGUGCCGUGGCCAAGCUCUGUCUGGACAGAAGGUGCUCCAUGGAGCUGCUGCGUGCCACCGAGCAGGCCCUCACCAUCAGCAGCCAGCUCGGCAUCGUGGCCAGGGUCUGCGCCAGCCCCCGCCGGACUCUGAGGAAGCAGCAGCAGCUGCGUUUUGCAUGCAGUGGAGAAGAAACCUGUUCCUGCACAGAGCCAAAGAGUCCUUCACCUCAGACAGGGAUGAACUGGGGCUGCGCAGGACUCAGGCCAGAGCCGAGCCCUCCCUGGUGGGGAUGGUGCAAGACCAAGCACUGCACACCAAGGACACCCCUGAGCACCCAAAAGCUGUUAAAGGAUGUACAAUUAGGGUGGCCACCUGUGGAAAGAGGAAGGGGCUUGUGCUUCCUUUUGGUGAGUGAACAGAGAAUGAUGCCACAACACAGGGCAGGCAGCCUGUGAUGAGGUACCUUCACUGUUACCACUUUCAGUAGCUGCCAGUUCCCUGUUCUUCAGUGCCCAAGAUGUGAACAGAAGGAGGUAGGAACACACUGGUAGCGGCACCAGCAGAUCUGGCUGGGGGGAAUAAGCAGGGACAGGCCAAGGGGAAUGGCUUGAACCUGCCCGAGGGGAGACUGAGCUGAGCUCUUAGGCAGAAGCUCUUCCCUGUGAGGGUGCUGAGGCGCUGGCACAGGGUGCCCAGAGAAGCUGUGGCUGCCCCAUCCCUGGCAGUGUUCAAGGCCAGGUUGGACACAGGGGCUUGGAGCAAGCUGCUCCAGUGGAAGGUGUCCCUGCCCGUGGCAGGGGUUGGGACUGGAUGAGCUUUAAGGUCCCUUCAACCCAAACCAGGCUGGGAUCCCAUGAAGGAUCAGGGGUUCUGUGAACAACCCAACUGCUCAUCUCCCACUCAAGGAAGCCACCGAGCUGGAAGGUCCUUCUCAGGCCCCGAUCUUUAGCACUUUAUCAACCUGUUUUGCAACCAUCCCUUUACUUCUCAGGGUAACAAUCCUAAAUACUGCACAGGAAGGGCAGCCAGAGAGGUAGAGCCCUGCAGCAGGCUCAUACACUAAACAUGAAGUCAGGAGGGUAACAUGCACUACAGAAGCUGGAGGAAAGAUGCACUGAAUGAGAAGGAAGCCUAAGGGAGUUAAUUCAGGCAUCACCGAGAUCUGAAACACAAACCAGGAGUGCAAUUGUUCUGUCUUUGCAAGAAUAAAUGGAUUUCAUUUGCACUACGAA